AGCGAGCGACGUAUCGGGCCGCCACGUAUCUACGCCACUCGAUCUGUCGCCGUAAGUUCGUUUCCUAUUACAGCGAAAGUUGCAUCCUGCUUCCGCAGAACACCGCAGACACAGGGACAAAAGGGAACCGAAGACAAGCAUCGGAAACGAAGAUGUUGCACCGGUGCACGCUUUUGGCGCUGUGCCUGAUAGCGCUGCUGCUGAAGAAUUCCAUCGCCGAACCGCGUCCUGAUUUUGGGCUCGAUGCCAGCGUCACCGGUAAGAACGCGGUUUCGAAUACCUCCAGCGCGGUAGGAAGCGUCGCGACGGCCGUCAACGGUACCACGGCAAGCUUCACCCCAAUCUCCGACCAUCAGCUAGUGCGGGAUGUGCUGACGAUCGUGACGCAGGUGGCCAACAAAUUCAACACACUGGGCAGUACGGUCGCCACGACGAUCACCAGUCUCGCCAACGAUAAAAGCGGCAACAUAACAGCCGCCUACGGACCGGCGUUCGGUGCGAUCUACGCGUUAACCAACUACACCCAGAACACACUCCCUGGCGUCGUGGCCGAACUGCAACCGCUGAUCGAGAAAGGUCUCUCCGACAAGUUAACCGACAGUUUCCAGCACAUUGGCAAAGCGUUGGCGCAGGUGAACGCAACGCUCACGACGCUCAGCGCUAAGGCCCAGACCGCGAUCCAGCUGGCCGGUGGUGCCACCGUUCCGGCCAACAUCGUUGCGGAGAAUCUCAAAACGACGCUCAUACUGAGCCUGUCCACCGGGUUGCAGCAGCUGAAGGGCAGCAUCCCGGUGCUGCAGUACACCGUCGAUAGUACGAUCGAGAAUCUGCGCGUAGCGGACAGCUUUUUGCCGGUGCUGAAGAACGACGUAAACGGUAUCAUCGGCAGUUCGUCGGAGUUGCUCGACCCACUCGAUGUACCGCUCGGUGCGAUUAAUCAGACGAUCAGUGGUACCGUCGUUACCAAUUUCGGCGCAGACGUGGCCAAUGUGUCAGCCGAGGUAGUGCUGAUGACCAACCUAACGACGGUAGCGAGCGGGACCAACCUUACGAGCGCUAUCCAGCGUUACAAUAGCAGCCUGAACGCGUUCAACAGCAGGAACGCGUCCGUUCCCGCACUGCUGGAAGGUGUACGCACGGCGGUAGCGGCCGCGUUCGGUGUCCUCGAUCCACUGAUCGACACCAAGAACGGUUCACUCGUGACCCGGCUCAUCAGUACGCUCGUGGCGAACGAUCGCUACUCGCGCUACUGUUUCCACAAGUACAAGGGUUUCUUCGCCUAUCUGCUGGGCGUGUACGCCGAUGAGGCAUCAUCGUGUAUCGUCGAUGAGGUACCACGCCUGCAGUACUACCAGCGGACGCUCGAGCUCAUGCUCGAUACGCUGCUGUACGACUACCAGGACGUACUGCUGGAGCUGGGCAUCUGCAAUGGUAUCGCAUCCGCCACCAACCGGGAGGCCUGUGUAGCGCUGCUCAACACGUACUACGGACCGCUGGCCGAGGCAUUCGGUGGCAAGCUGGAUCUGCUGUACCGGUCGCUCGACCACGAGCUGCACGCCAGCGGCUACCGGAUGACGGUCUGCAUUCGGGUUAAGCUGUUCAACAUCGAUUUCCUCACGGAUUUCGAUAACUUUGAGGCCGCCAUCAAGGUGUGUGCCGUCGAUGGUCCACUAGCCUUCUAUGACUACUACCUGUAGGAUGGAUCCGCCGGAGUGCUUCGCACUCGCUAACGAAACGAUCAUG